UGUAGCGUUGGCUGUUUCGAACAUGGUGGUUGUGUGUUGUUCGAGUGCGACGGCGAAGUUUGUUUUUGCCUUGAUUAAUUGAGACAAAUCGACGAAGUACGAAGUUUACUCGUAAUGUCGGACAGUAUUAAAGUAGCCAUCAAAGUUAGGCCGCUGAUUAAACGUGAGAAGGACGAGAAUUUACCGGUACAAUGGGUCAGUCAAGGAAACGCCAUCGUGGCUGUGGACGCGGAAAUAAAGAAGCGAGGCGAUGGAAGAUUCCAGUUCGAUCAUAUUUUUGAUAUAAAUGCCAGCAACAAUGAUGUUUUCUGUGGCAUUGUCUGCCCCAUUGUUGAUGCUGCUGUGAAUGGAUUCAACGGUACGAUAUUUGCUUAUGGACAGACUAGUUCUGGUAAAACAUACACUAUGAUUGGUACAAAGGAAGAGGAUGGAAUAAUACCAUUGGCUAUUAAACAAAUGUUUGAUGCUAUAGCUGAUACUCCAAGACGCGAGUUUUUGUUAAGGGUGUCUUACUUAGAAAUUUAUAACGAAAAAGUCAACGAUCUAUUGAGUAAAGAGACAGAUCUAAAGGUACAUGAAGAUGUAAAUGGCCAGGUGUUUGUAAAAUGUAAGGAGGAGGUUACAAAUAGCCCAGAGAACAUUCUUUCGUUAAUGAGUAAAGGCAAUAAGAAUAGAAGAAUAGGUGAAACAAAUAUGAAUGAGCGAAGUAGCAGGAGCCAUACGAUAUUUAGAAUUACAAUUGAGAGUCGAGAAGCUGAUUCUGGUUCGAAUGGUGCAAUACAAGUCUCGCAGUUGAACAUGGUAGACCUUGCUGGAUCAGAGAGAGCACGACAAACUGGUGCUACUGGGGAACGUUUUAAAGAAGGGCGUCAUAUUAACUUGUCUCUUUCCACAUUGGCGCUAGUGAUUAAGCAGUUGAGCGAGUCGCAAGACACACAAAAAUAUAUUAAUUUUCGAGACAGCAAAUUGACUAGGUUGCUUCAGACAUCUUUAGGCGGCAAUGCGAUGACAGCGAUAAUAUGCGCGGUAACACCAGCCGCUCUAGACGAGACUCAAUGCACGUUAUCAUUUGCAUCCAGAGCCAGGAGCAUAAAGAAUAAGCCUCAACUGAACGAAGUCAUGUCCGAUGGUGUUCUCUUGAAACGUUAUGCAAAACAAAUAGAUAAAUUGCAGGCUGAAUUAGAAAGAAUGAAAGAACAAAACUGGUGUGUUGAAGUGAAAGAGAUGGAAUCAAAAAUGCAAGAAAAAGAUCGCAUCAAUGAAGAUUUGGAGGAGCGCAUUAGGUUGCUGCAAACACGAAUAGUCGCUGGUAGCUAUAACCGUAACAACGUGCAAGAAUCGUUUAAGGCUAAAGCGAAUCGGCGACGGACCUGGUGCGGCACUGGUGCACAUAAAUUAAAUACAUCUGUGUUUCAAAUGGCCGCAAACUUGUCGCCGAUCAAAGAAAUGUCACCACUACGUAAUAAGGAUGAUUUAAUCGGACCUGAUGUCGUAAAUUCGUCAUUCCAAAUAGCUUAUGCAGACUUUGAGUUAGAACUUAUGGAUAGUGAGGCAGAUCGCGACGAGGAGUUCAGUGACGAUGAUACAUUUAUAACAUAUCGCAAGAAUCAUGUGAAAUUUAAGGAUGAUGUAACUGUUCACAAAUCGCCCUACAAACGCGACUAUUCUACUGUCGCUUUGGACACAGCUGAAUCUAGCACUCAGACUCUAUGCUCCAAAUCCCCUGGCACACCGAAAGAGAAGUUGCGAGAAAAGAUGCGCCACUUGAAAAUUGAAUAUUCUCAGCUUCAAGAAUUCACUACUUUAGAGAAGCAACUGUAUUUUGAGGAACGUAAUUGUGAACUGGAAGUGAAGCUCGCGAGAUUAACCACAUUGGAAAAGCAGAUGGAAAACUUGUUGUCCGAUAAGGAUGCUUUCGAGCAUAUAGCGUCUGAACUUCGCAAAAAAUUAACCACGGCUGAGCUACGUUACACCGUUGCAGAAGAUAAAUUGAACAUGCAAAUGGCGGAACUGCAAAAAAUACCUGAAUUGGAGAAGAAACUCGCACAAUUGUCUGCGCAAGAGAUAGAGGCGCAAAACAUACCCGAACUACAGGAACGAAUAAAAGUUCUUGCAGCUGAAAAGGACGGAUACGAACACGUCGCGUCUGAAUUGCGAAAGAAACUCAAUGAAGCUGAGCAACACAACAUUCUGUUGGAAGAAAAAUUAACAACACAGAUUACGGAAGAAGAACCACUUAUACGGUUUUCGAUUGAAAACAACAGUAUACAGCAGAUAGAAGUGAAAACUCUUACGUCCGAAAAGGACGAAUUGCAACAUAAAGUAUCUGAUCUUCAAAAUAAGCUGGCAGCAGCUGAGUUAUGCAACAACUCGUUAGAAGAUAAAUUGAAACAGCAGCAAUUGCUACACGAUCAAAAUCUUCGAGAUCGGGAAGAGCAAUUCAAUAAUCUUGCAUCUGAGAGGAAUAAACUUGAGAAUAUUGUUCACGAAUUGCAGGAUACAUUGAAAAAAAUGGAGGAAAAUAGUAACUUAAUGAAAUGUAAGUUGAAUGAACAGUACAUGGAGAUGGAGAAAUUACAAGAUCAAGAGAAGCGAAUUCAACAACUCGUAUCCGAGAAAAACGAGUUCGAGCUCAUCAUCGGUGAGCUGCAGGACAAAUUGAUAGAGGCGGAAAUAACAGCUACUUCGAUGAAAGGCGAGAUAAACGAGCAUGAGCGAUACGCGCAAAAGUUUUUGCAGCUGGAGAAACAGAUUCAGGACGUUAUAACGGAGAAAAUGGAAUACGAACGGGUCAACGGCGAGCUGAAGAACAAAUUGAGAGAAACGGAACUAGCGAACAGUUCCUUAAAGAGUAAAUUAAACGAGCAACAACAGAAAACCUAUGUUUUGGAAAAGCAGAUCGAGGAUCUGGUAAACGAGAGAAAAGAAUUCAACAAUACAGUCGCUGAGUUAAAGGAAAAAUUAAAAGAGACGGAACUAACAAACAGUUCGUUGCAAGAUAAAUUAAACGAACGUGAAACAAACACGUCUAAAAUUAACGACCUGCAGGACACAUCUUCAACUGAAACUCUUAUAUUUGAAAAUAGCAAGUUGGAGCAUACUGUUUCCGAAUUGCAGAAGGAAUUAAAGGAAGAGGAACCGUACGAUAGUUUAGUCGAAGAGAGGCCAAACGCGGAAACGUUGAUCAGUAUCGACAGUAUCGAGGAACAUAGAGAAGCUGAAUCGUACACUGAUUUGAUGGAAGACAGUGUAGAUAACCUACUGAAUUUCACGAUCACACACGAGUUGCGAGUUGAGCCAGCCGAAGCUGAACACCACAGCUCUGCUCGAAACGAGUUGGACGAAGAACACUUACAAAGAAUACAAGAAUUAGAGGCACAAGUAGCGAGACUGAGCUCCGAGAAAGAAGAGUAUGAACAGAUGUCUGCGGAACUGCAUAAACGAUCGAUGAAUAGCCCCGCGAAGGAAGAAUCGACCGUCAAUGAUGUCAAUGACGACGAGAUUGUUUAUUUGAGAAGCCGCAUAAAUGACCUGCAAAACAUCAUCCAGGAUAUCCAGAGUGAGAACACGCGUCUGAAAGAGCAUGUAUCGACAAGAUCGACGAUGUUAGAGCAAGAGUAUGACUUGUACAACGGCGACUCGACGAAGAUCGACUUGUCGAGCACGAGGAUGUCUUUGGAGGAGGAUAGCGCCAAGUUGUCUGCGGAUCUAGUCACAAAGACGCAAGAAUUAGACGAGAUCAAACACGAUGUGCGAAGCUUGAAGGAGGACAUUGAGAACUUGCAGAAAACCAUAUUGCUAUUGACAACUGAGAACACCGAGUUGGCGAGUAAAUUGUCAACGGAAAAGACGUGCGCCGACCAGUCCGCCGCGCAUUUCCAGAAAACGAUCGAUGAGCUGUACUUACGAAACUCGAAAAUUACGAGUGAAAAGAUCGAACUGGAGAAUAACUUGGCAACGCUUAAUGAGCAGAUGGAGACGCUUCACUUGAAGAUACCAGAGGUAAACUUGAACGAGAAACAGAUAAUGCUCAAGUAUGAGGAGCAGAUAAAUAUAUUGACUGCUAAGAACACAGAAUUGUUGUGUAAGAUUGCGGACAGUAUGACAGAACUCGAGACGUUGAAGGAGAGCAAAUCUCUUCUGUACGAACACGACUGCAUGUACAAGGACAAACUAACGGAUCUCGUGCAGAAAUACGAAUACUUGACGAAUGAGAACAACGAACUCUCCACCGAUCUGAUGGAUAAAAUCGAGGAAAACGACGGUCUUAAGCAAGAGUGCGAUAUCUUGAAGAAUAAGCUGGAAUUAUCUUUGAAAAAUAAGGAGGACGUGUUUAACAACGACACGGAGCAGUUGAGAACGGAGAAUACAUUGUUGAAGACCGAGCUGAUGGAACUGAAGGCUAACGUAAAAACUUUAACGGAAGUGAACACGAAGAUGUCCAACCAGCUAGUGGAGACUAUAGAGGACCUGGAUAACGCGCGGAAGAUUAAUUCACACAAUAACACCCUGCAUCUAUCGAUGAUGUUUAACAAUAGUUCAACAGCAAACGAUACGAUAAACAAGACCGUGGUGGACGACGAAAAUCCCGAGACGAAAAUCUUGAAUCUGCAAGAGGAAGUUACCCAACUCACGCAUCUCAACAGGAAGCUCAGCGACCUCAAGUUAAGUACCUGUACUCAGUGCACCCACUUAAAGGAACUGAUCGAGAAUCGAAGGAUGCUGAAACUUGAGGUGAAGUCUCUCAAUCACAGACUGGCGGAUUUGCAGAAGAAGUUCGACCGCAAAUCCGCGAGAACCGACGCGCUCAUGAUGAAGGCGAAGGAAGAUAUUAACAACAGUCUGUGCAAUUUAUCCAGCAACACCAGUUUUUCAGAAAGCAUGAACGUCACUUACUUCGAGCAACAGCUCGAGUGUAUAAACAACGAUAUACAAUCUCUAAAGGAAGACGAUAAUAAAUUGUCGGAUUUGUACAAAGAGAAGUGUGAUGAGAUCGAAGAAUUUCAGAUCAGCAGCGUCGCUGACUCGGCGUUUACCGACGACGAGACUUCCAGCAUCAAGAAAUCUUCCAGCAAAACCUCGUCGAGAUUGGAUAACAUUGAGAAAGUUAUGGGGAAUUUGCAGGACGAGUUGCAGGAAUUGAAAAGGAACAACCUGAGUGUCAAGAUGGAUCUCAUUAAAUUUACCAACGAGAAGGAAUCUCUGCUUGACGAAAUCAACUCAUUGAGGAUCACUAACGAGGAGUUGCUGCAGAAAUUAUCGAAAAACGAACUCUCGCUCACCACCAUAUCGGAAAAGGCGGAUAUCCUUGAAAACGAGAUGACGGAUAUGACCAAUCGAAUGCAGGAUCUUACUGCUAAGUAUACCGUAAUCGAGAAUGCGAAGUUGGUUCUCGAAGUUGAAGCGGAAAUGCUGCGAGAACACAAAACGAUGAAAGAGCGAACGAUAGACGAAUUACGUCAGAGUCUUUCCUGUUUGCAACACGAGCUGGAUCUUGUAAAGAAACAGAAAGAAGAAAUGAUCAGUAGUGAUAAUUUCUUGGAGCAAGAGUUCGAGAAGAAAUUGAAAUCACUGAUGGCGACGAAUGAGGAAUUGGUUAAUUCUAAAGCAAUAGUUUCGCGGGAAUUCGACGAUUAUUCCAAAGAGUCGGAAACUAGAUUGUUGGAACUGACGGAAAAAAUAAAUAAGUGCACUUCCGAAAACGAAUAUUUAAAACAGGAAAUGAUCAGGCUGCGCGACAUCGAAGAUAAACUCGAGAAGAUGAGAAACGAAUACCAAAUUAAGUCUCAGCAAGAUAAAACACUGGCCGAGGACAACAAGAAGCUCAAAGAAGUACUAAAUACUACCUCUAAGAACAUCGUCCAAGAGAUUCAGUCGCUGAAGCCGAAAGUUAACAUUCGUGAAUUUUUGGAUAAGUCGGUAGACGAACUGUUUCAAGUGUUCUUGCAGACGAUUCUGACGAAGGAGAAAGAGAUAAUGAAGACCAUGCAGCAAAAUUUCAACAAGGAGAAGCAAAAACUCGAGGAUAAGAAACAACAGAGCAUGGAUGCUGAGAAACGUACGACAUUGUGGGCGAAGGAACUGGAGGGCGAGAUAGAAAAGCUCCAGGGCGAUCUGUCCAAACGAGAAAGCAUAUCUGACGGACUGCAGAAGGAGGUCGCGCGACUUCAACAGCUUCUGGAGGAGAACAAUCAGGACAGGUAUGUGUUGAGGAACAAGAUCAGUCUUCUCGAGACGGAUCUCGGCAUCCUGCAAACCGAGUUUGACAGAUAUUCUAAGAACGACACCGUGAACGAAGAGGCCAUCAUUAUCGCGCAGAUGCGGGAGAAACAAGCACAGGAGAUGAUCAAGAAUAAGGAAGCCGAAUACCAGAAUAAACUGAAAUCAGAGAAGGAAAUGAACAACAGACGCGUGGAAGACCUCACCUGUACAAUAGAGUCGUUCAAGACGAGAAACAUGGAGUUAUCGAGCAAUAUCGAGGGUCUCAUGGCCAACCAGAAGCAAUUGAAAAACAUUAUCGACCUGAAAAAUAGCGAGCUCAUGAAGAGCAACCAGAUCAUACAAAAAAUGCAAUCAGAGUCGGAACAGCUGACGGAUGCCUAUAACGACGUGAACCAGGAGUUGGAAACGCAGAAGUCGCGUGUUGCGGAAAUCACGGAACUCUUGAGGACUAAAUGCGAUGAGCUAACGGAAUAUAAGACCAAUCUCGAGACUCUCGUGCACGAGAACAAAUUUCUCAAGCAGCAAGCCAACGAACGGAAAACUAACGUGGAACAAUAUAAAACAGAGAUAGAAACCAUGAAGAUGACGAACGAAAAAGUAAUCGAUGCGUUCAAAGAUAAGCUAAACUUGUCAGAGCUGAAGAAUGCUGAGCUGAACAAAAAGAUAGACGAACAGAGCAAUAAGAACGUUGCCUUAACGGAAGAGUUGAAGAAUUUAAACAACGAUCACGAAACCCUGCGAUCCAAAUGUAUCAUGUUGGAGAAGAGGGUCCGGAACAGUACGAGCAAGAUCCAAGCGGAGGAACAGAUGGAGGAACUGAAGGAUUUGAACAGAUCGCUGCGAAAUAACUUGGACGGCGCCAGCAAUCGCAUAACGGAGCUGCAGGCGGACAAGACCAGCUUGAUGAAAGAGCUGGUCACUCUGAACAGCCAAUAUGAGUCGACAUGUAAAGAGAAUGAGGAGUUGAAGGAAACAUUAUCAUCGUAUAAAUCCAAGUAUAACGACGCGUACGCAAACGCAUGCAGCGAGAAGUACGACGCUCUGUUGCAACAGAAAAACCAAGUCACCUUGGAAUUGGAAGCAAUAAGGGUACAGUUGAGCCAACAGAACCGAGACAUUGAGAAUUACGCGAGUAAGGUGAAAGAGCUGACGGAAAAGAACGUGGAGCUCGAUCAGGAGUCGGAGGAGUUGGCGGAGGUGAUCCGGCAGAACGACGCGGAACACGCAAGGCUGCAGGACCAAUACUAUUCGACCCGCAUCGAAGCCGAAGCGUUGACAGAGAAGAUCGAGGAGCUCGAGAAAAAGAACCAGAUUCUUUUGUCGCAAACCGUACAGAAGACCACCAAUCCCGUGUCCACCGACAGAGUCGUAAACUACCACGAUGAUGCAUGCAAUUGCGCGACUUUAAAGGACAAGAUACGCGAGCUGCAGUCGGAAAUGAUAUGCAAGAACGGGAAGAUCGCGACGUUGGAGCUGCAGAUACGCAGCGGCAGUUUUCCAUAUCAGACCAAGUGCAAGGAGUUACAGGAACAUCUGUCGACGUACAACAACAAGAACAGCGAGCUGAAGGCGGAGGUCAAGCGACUCCAAUUGGCGAUGCUGCGCACCAGUGCGAAGGAAUGCGACGCGUGUAAGGAGAGACUUGUAAAUAGGAGGAACCAGGUGUGUCAGACGAUAACGAACAACGUGGUGCGACUUUGCGGUACGAGUAGCGGCAUCAUCGACGAGGAACUAAGAAUAGCAAAAUUGGAGAAGGAAAAGAAAAUCAUGAAAGACGUGUGUCGUGCCCGAUCGAAGACCAUAAAGGAGCUCGAGAAACAAAUAGAGGAAUAUGAGAUGUUAUUGCAAUCCAGAUAAUCACGAUAUGAAAGUGCUUCUUCGCAUCACCGUACCAUCGACUAAAUUUUCUAUCUAUGGACAUAAAUUUUAGCAAUUACGUAAUUGAAACCGUUAUGCUGCUUUAUUGCGCGCGAUUUGAUAAAAAUUAGACUUAGCGUUUAUACAGAGAGCGUAACAUAUAAUGUAAAUAAUUACAAAGUUAUGACAUAAAGGCGAUAUAGUUUUAUAUUUUUGUAAUACGAUUGUAUGGAUUUAAUUAAUUAUUUUAUAUGUACGUCGAUUUCAUAUGGUAGCAGUAUAUUUUUCGCCAGUUUUACACUUUCGAAGACAGUAGAAGCCUGUGAUAUAAAAGUAAUUAGACUCUUGCCAGGAUUGUAUGUAAGAGAGGUAUCACGACGGACUUCCCAACAAAUUGAUAAGUACGAAUUCCAAUUUCAGCCAUUAUUUCCAGAAUUAUAGUCUGCUGGAUGUACCUAAUCGUGCACAUUUGGAGCAUAUCUAGCUGUUCUAUUUUUCAUACCUGAAUAUUUGUGGAUAAGGAAUAAUAUUAUCAUCUACUGGCUUAGUGCAAAACUGCAUAUUUAUCCACGUAGUAAACGUAUGAAUUUAUAUAAAUAAUAAAGAACAUACAAGAUCGAAUUUUCUGAACUAUACAAGUUUUGUUAAAAAAGAAAUUAUAAUGAAAUCGUUAUAUAUUAUUACACAAGUUUUAUAGACAGUUGGAUAAUAGGUAUUUUUUAAUAAUUUUUUACACGAGGAAAACUCGUAAUGCAGGGAUAUAUUCCAUAUUUCUGUACGCAACAUCCCAAUAUAUAAAAUAUAAAUACGAUUUUAUUUUUAAAGGACCAUCGCUAAUAAGAUUUUUUUUUUUUACAUAUUAAGACAUGUAAUGAAAAACUAAAGAAAUAGAUUGUAGUUCGUGUAAAUAAAAAUGUUGUACAAAGUAUUCUCUUGUACAAGUGAGAGCAUUAAUAAAUAAUAGUAGUUAUGAGAUUUUCAGAUUGUGAGGAGAGUAAUUUCCGAGAUUGUGCAUUUUCCUUUUACUCGAGCGCGGGAUCAAUUAAAAUGUCAUUAAUAAUACUCUCUCUUAUAUAUUU